AUGCGUGUACACAGCGGAGAAAAACCAAAUAAAUGUCCGUUCGAGGGAUGCAACAAGGCCUUCUCGAGAUUGGAAAAUUUGAAAAUACACCAGAGGAGCCAUACAGGGGAACGUCCAUAUCUGUGCCAAUUUACAAGCUGCACCAAAAGCUUUUCCAAUAGUUCAGACAGAGCGAAACAUCAACGGACUCAUUUUGAUACCAAACCUUACGCUUGCCAAGUGUACGGCUGCACGAAGAAGUACACCGACCCCAGUAGCCUCAGGAAGCACGUCAAGAACCACACUGUGGAAGAGCAGAUGCAGAUCAAGAGGCGAUCGAACGAGGAAGGCACGAAUUUCAUAUCCCAGUCGCUGGCCAAGAAGUUCUUGGACCCGAGCAAACAGAAGGCCGUCAAAGAAGUCGUCUAUUACACCACCUUCGAGCACAGCUACUCCCACACAUUGGUCGAGAAGAAAUGUGACUCGAUGAACAUCAAAAGGGAUUUGAAGAAUAAGAUAUCCGAGAAGUCGAGAAUGAGAAAGGGUUAUUCCGUAAUAUGA